ACACCGCUAUUUCCUGCACUAAGCCAGGAAGACUUCGGGCUGAAAUGGCCGAAUAACAAUUCAAAUGGCUUUAACAGACGCGUUUUAAAACCUAGUCAAUUCUUCACCGUCUGGUUUUUUUCUAGUAUGCUUUGUUCUUUUUUCUUAUCGUGCAUUCUCCAAUGUGCUUGCUGCCUCAAACCUUGAUGCGCCGCGUUGUUUUUCUUGCACCGAAAUCUAACGGGGUUUUAUCUGGCUGCACUAAGCUGCUGCUGAUAUGCCAUAGGUAACAACUCCCAAGAGAGGAGUGCUGGGAAAGGGAACAGUGGUUCAUGGAAGACCUCAAAAGUACAAGAGAAGAACAAAGUCGUCAGGAGGUUUCUCACACGGACACUGAACAGACAUUUAAAGAACUGACUUCUCCUCCACUGGCCCAGUCCCCUACCCCCCUCAACUGUGUAUCUCAACGCUCCAGUUCCUCUUCAGCCUCGGCCCCUUGUCCUGGUCCUGGGGGUCCUGCAGCACCCCUUGCGGGUGGGAACAAUGCAAAGCGGAACACUGUGGCCAACGGACAGCCCCCCUCCGGAGCAUCUGCACGGUUCAUGCCACGUGAAGUGCCCCCUCGCUUCCGUAACCAGCAGGAGCCCAAAGUUUUGCUGAAGAGGGGUCAGCCACUAGUGGGUGGGGCCACAGGGGAUGCUUCGUCACCCGUCCAGACGGGGGAGCUAUUAAAUGCAAAUACAGUGCACUGCUCAGAUCCUGACGUAGAUCCUGCUUCUCCUCUCUCGUCUCUGUCCUCUGCCACUUCGACUUAUGCAAAUUCCACAUGGGGGCCGGGCUCAGGAGCCCUGCCCCUCUCUCAGGGAAUGGAUAAGGCUGUAGUAGUGGACGGCUCUGAUUUGGAGGCGUGGCCCAAGAUUUCAGAAGGCAGGAGACAGGAAGAGCCUUUAGCCCAGAGCAGCAGUGCCUCGUGGGGUCAGGGCAUGCAAGACAGCGAACUAGGGAUUAGUGACUUGGGUGGGUCUUUUACCCCUGGUGAAUAUGCAACAGGCAGCAGGAUGUGGGGGCCAUCUUCUGAGGCUGAUGCAGUAGAUCGGUCCUUCAGUUCUGAAGUGCUGUCCCCUGCUGGAGUGGAGGAGGAACCACAAGGUUCCAGCAGUGAUUUGAGUCCAGGAUGCAGCCCUGCAGACUGGCUUGACAGCAAAGAUGUCAUGACAGCUGACUCAAAGUCAGUCCAUACUGCCUCCCACACUUCCUUAAGUCCAGGCAGUGUGCAGCAGCAAACCCAGGCCCAGGACAGAGUUGGAUGUGGAGACAACAGGCUGGAACAAGAGGCAGGACCAAAACAAGCAAAUGUUGCUGAAGAUUCUGAGGAUGUGGACUGCAUAGGGACAAAUGAGGUGUUACAGCUUCCUGCUUCCAAGGAAUCAAAUCCAGCAGCCUCAAGGACUGAUGGGUGGGGCAGUGUGGCAGAUGCAGAGGGGAAGAGUGGAGGCAUGUGGAGUGCAUCUGGAGAGAGCCGGGAGGGUUGGGGAAGUGGAGGUAAUGGUAAAGAUGGAGGCAUCUGUGGGGUAUCUCAGGGAGCAUGGGGUGAUGAGGCAGGUGAACUAAACAAGCAGGCAGCUACAGCUUGGCCAGCAGGAGGCACCAGCGGGAGCGCAAAAGAAAGCUUUGCAGGUAGUUUACAAGACUCUCAAAUGCUUGCAACCAACACAAUGGCAUUGGAUAAUCAGAAAGUAGGGGCGGACGAAUGGGAGGGUUCUGAGUGCGAUUCUGCCGGUCAUGAAAGCAGCGAGGAUGCACAGAAGCAGCACAGCUCAGACCUCUCCAGAGCACGAGCCACCCACACUGAAGUGGCCUUACAGAGCAUGCUUAAUCGGAGUGAUCUGGAUCCCAGGGUGCUUUGCAACAGCGGCUGGGGACAAACCCAGAUCAAGCAGAGCGUAGCCUGGGAUCUAGAGGCGGACAGUGGGUCAGGCUGGACUGAGCGUGCUAAUGCUAACGCUAACACAAACAGCUCUAACCUGCUUCAGAGGUCUGGGCCCUCGGAGGGUAACCAGGUGAGGGGGGGUAGAAGCCAGGGAUGGGGAGGUGAAGGGAGUGGAUGGGGGGAACCAAGAGAGGAAAGAUGGGUUGAAAAAGACGGAGAGUGGCGCAGUCGUCCAGAACAGGGUACUUUAUCCAGCAGAUGGGGCGAAGCUGUGGAAGACGAACGAGUGGGGAGGUGGGGUGAGAACAGGAGGGAGAGAGGGGGGUGGGAGCAGGGGAGUGGAAGUGGAGGAGAUUGGGGACAGGGGGACAACGAGUGGGGUGUGGAAAGGGGGGUUAAGCAAGGCAGUCAGGAUGAGGGGUCCUGGGGCAGUUCUGAGGAAGAAAGGCGGAGAGGGUGGGGAGUGAAGGAAGUGGACACUGGAGUUAGACAAAACCAAGCCUGGGGGGGGACACAAAUACCAAACAACCAAACAGCACUGAAAGGCCCAAAUCAGCAGCAGCCACAACAAUCCCAGUCCCAGACUGCACAAUCGAGAGGCCAGCAGGACUCCAGGGCUCGACCCGCAGGGCCUCAGCCUCAGACCCAGAACCAAAGCCCAGGAUGGACAUCCGGCCCCAUCCCUCAAGUGUCUGCUGCAGUGGAGCCUAGUGGCUGGGAGGAGCCUUCGCCCCAGUCUAUCAGCAGGAAGAUGGAAAUAGAUGAUGGCACGGCAGCCUGGGGCGACCCAUCCCACUAUGACAGCAAGAGUGUCAACAUGUGGGACAAGAGCGGCACCCCACAGCAGAGGGGUCAGCCCACCAGGCCAGCUGCCACCACACCAGCCAGCAGAGACAAAAAUACAGCAUGGGAUUGUGGAGGUCCUCCAGAGCAGGGUGUGGACAACGGCACAGCAGGCUGGGGGAAGACAUUUGAGGCCCCAUCAGGCUGGAGGGAUUCAGAGGAUUCUGGAAAAGGGGCAGGAUGGGGCAGCUCCCAUUCUAAUCCAGUCAAGCCUGGUCCAAAGUCUGUGCAAGAUAGCUGGGGUGAUGAAGGCUCAAAUAGCUCACGCCAUGGCAGCUGGGAGGAGGAUGACAGUGGUCCUGGCAUGUGGGGCAGCAGAGGGUCCCAGGGCGGUUCCUCCUUUACUACUGGAGGCUGGGGCCAAGGCCAGGGGGGCAAGAGAACUGGUGGGAAGGGUCCUCUGAAAGGGAAUAGCGGGGAUUCCUGGACGGGCCCUAUGACUAGGCAGUUUUCGAACAUGGGGAUUGCGGAUGAUGAGGCUGGCAGUGCCCCAGACAGGCCCAGAAGAGGGAUGAAUGACUUUAAUGGCGAGAUGAGGAAGGGAGGAAGAGGAGCGGGGUUCCGCUCACAGAGCUCCAAAGACAUGGGCCCUGGGGAGACGGGGCCCUAUUUUGAUAAGAUGGGAGGUCACGGUGUAUUUGGUGCUGGUGGUGGAAUUGCUCAGUUAAGAGGAAUGCAGCCUGGUGUUCACCCCAUGAAUCCCUCUCCUGGAAUUCGAGCACAAGUGCCUCAUCAGUUCCUGCCGCCUCAGGUUUCAGGAUCCAUGCUGAAGCCGAUUGCACCCCCCAGUGGAAGCAUGUUCCCUCCACAGCUCUCCCCUCAGCACAUAGCCAUGCUCAGUGGCAUUCACCCACAGAUGCAGCAGUUUCAGCUGGCGUGUCAGCUGCUCUUGCAGCAGCAGCAACAGCAGCAGCAGCAGCAACAUUUCCUGUCUCAAAGGAAGUUCCCUCCACCUCUGCGUCAACAACAUGACCCACAGCAGUUGGCCCGAAUCAUGGCUAUCCUUCAGCAGCAGAGACAGCAGCAGGGUGUAGGGGGUGCUAAACUCUCCCCUUCCCACCUCGGAGGUCCUGCGCCCAAGCAGCCUGAUGGGCCCCUUCUCCACCCAGCAAUGGGAGGGUCUUUGGCUGAUCUGCACCCUAAAACCCCCACUGCCUUCACUGCAGGCUUUGGCUCAGGGGUGGAGCUAGAGUCAGUGAUGGGUGGGUCUGUAGGUGGUCUGAAGGAAGCAGGUGGUUCACAGUCACGCUUUAAAUGGAUGAUGGAGGCUGGACACCCCCUAGCCCCUUCCCCCCCAGAUCCCAUGCUGCACAAGAACGGUCUCAUGCCUGGGCCCAUGAAGCUGCGGGGCGACUCCCCAUAUUCUCAGUAUGAUCUGUUGGGGACAGAGAAUCUGGGUAUGGCUCAAAGUCUGACUGACAGUUGGCAUAGAACGCCUGGGGGCAAACUGGGCACUACACCUGGCACCCCCACCUGGCCACCAGAGUUCCAGCCAGGUGUGCCUUGGAAGGGCGUUCAGAGCCCCGACCCUGACCCUGACCCCGACCCAUACAUGACCCCCAGCGGCAUGCUGGCAUCACCCGCUCUCAGUGAUACUGACCACCAGCUACUGCAGGACAACACAGAGUCAAACCCCACCCUGAACACCUUACUGCCUUCACCUGGUGCCUGGCCCUACAGUGCCUCAGAGAACCCCCUUACCACACACAACUCGGCUAAAUUCUCGGAGUUCAAGUCCAGCUGGCCCCCUGAGCCAACUGGACACAGCAAGUCAUGGAGGACCAAUCGAAACAGCUCCCACCUGCCACGCCCCCCUCCAGGUCUGACCAAUCAGAAGCAGCCGUCCUCGUCCCCAUGGUCAGGGGCAGGGCCUCGAAUGCCAAGAGGGUGGGGCACAGGGGGACGGAGCCAGGACUCACCUUUUGAAACUGCAUGGAGUGGUGGUUCAUCUGCAGGAAGCUCCUGGCUACUACUGAGCAACCUCACCCCCCAGAUUGACGGCUCCACUCUGAGGACAAUUUGUCUUCAGCACGGUCCAUUGAUGACCUUUCACCUUGGCCUGACUCAGGGCAGUGCUCUGAUUCGCUACUGCAGCCCACACGAGGCAGCCAAGGCCCAGACUGCACUGCACAUGUGUGUCCUGGGGAACACCACUAUCCUGGCUGAGUUUGUGAGUGAGGAGGAAGUUGCGCGUUACUUUACACAUUCCCAGAGCUCCGGGGUGGCGGGGUCACCUGAAGGUUCGACUGCCUCUGAGCCAGCCGUGCGAGAGGGAGAGAGAGAGAGGGAGCGGAGUGCAGUAGGAGCAGGAGCAGGAGGAGUAGUGGGAGAUGCAGGUGGAGGCGAGGCUGCAGCACCCUGGCAGGGCCUUGACGUUUCAGGCCCUUUGACGGGCAGCCCAGCCAUGGAAGGACCCGGACUGGCCCUCUUUAGCCAGUGGAGCAGCAGUGGGGCAGAGGGGCAGGGGGGUGGAGUCUGGGGGGGAGUAACCCCCGGUUAUCAUGGCAGCAGUCUUUGGGGUGCUCCUCAGAUGGAGGACAGCCCAUCAGGCCUGUUGCCAGGCGACCUGUUAGGAGGCGGUGCCGACCCUCUGUGAUUGACACGGAAUGUUGAGAAUUGACCUUAAAACACUGGUACAUGGACUCAACACACACACAGACACACACACUAGACCAUGGACACCUACAAAACUGAAGACACUUAACAUGCAUAUUUAGAACAGACAGGCAGACACACACAGCCACACAUAUUUAAAGCCAGACAUUUCCAGAUUAACACUGGGCGUAGUCAAAUACACUAUUGUUCAGAAGUUUGGAAUCGCUGUUCAAAAGUUUGAAAUCAAUGUUUUUUUAAUAAUAUAAAACCAGUUCGGUUGCAGAAAAGUAUAUAAUUAUUAUAAUAUGUUACUCCCGUGCCCCUGAGGAUUUCAUGUCUGAUAGUCCAAUAAUCAUAUUGGCAGAUACUUGCUUUAAAAUAAUCAGCAUUGGACAGAUGUUUGGAUUCGACCUAUAUUGUAAACCGGUAUUUCAGUAGCAUAUUUAUUGUAUUCUGGAGGAGUACAGUGUUUAGGUGACCCCAGGUUACAGAGCCAGAGUGUUUGCAUUUUAUUCAUGUUAUUCAUUCUCUGUAAUGCUAAUCCAGGUAGAUGUAUUUCUGAUUUCUGCAUUUUAUAAAUGUUUAUGUAGGCAAAUAUGUACAUGAAAAGUAUGCAAUAUCAGCAUAGGCCCAUAGGCAUGGUGCAUUGCUAGUUUCAAAUAAUUAGUAAGAUACUAGAAUGCAUAAAAUAAAAGUGAAGAAAUGUAAGAUAUGUCAGGAUGAUGGACAGAGCUCUAGAAGAUUCUGAAAGGACUGUAUAACAUUGAUAAUGAAGUUUUAAUAAUAUUAAUAUCCAGAAUUCAUCAUAUUUAAUAAUGAUAUCCCAUCUCUGAACAAAACAUCCAAACAUACCUCUUGCCGAAUAGUUUGUAAUAUUUAAAUCCAUGUUGUAUAAGUUAUUGUUAUAUAGUACUGUGUAAAAGUCAGAGAUCGCCUUCAUUUAAUUCCCAGUCAAAACAGCCAUUUAGUACAAGUUAUUCAUUUUUCACAGCAUCAGGAGAAAAAGCAGAAAAAAAAUACAGCUUUCAAUCUUUUUGGGAGAUUUUUAGUCUUUCAAAGUGAUCAAAGAGAUAUUUUUCCACACAUCCAAAGUUCAGUCUUAGUAGUUGGUUGCAUUUUCUAUUUCUCACAAGCCAAGUAAUCUCAGACACAUUCAGUGAUGUUAAGGUCUGGACUCUGGAGCAGCCUGUCCAAUGCUUUGAGAACAUCAGCAGCUUCUUUGUUUGAUUUGUACAUUUUCUUCUUUCUUGUCUGUUUCCUUUUUUUCAGUAACGUUUUAUUGACAGCAACACAGUCUUUUAUACGGAAGUCCGGAGAGGUCAUGAGCCGUUGCUAUAAUUUUCCGGAUUGUUAUCUUGAGAUAACAAAAAAAGUAACUUAUUUCAAGAUAACAAAAUCGUUAUCUUGAGAAAAAAAGUUAAUUAUCUCAAAAUAACAACCCAGAAAAAUUAUAACUAUCUCAUGGCCUCUCUGGACGUCCUUACUUUUAGGAUCAUUCAUCCUUUAAGUUGUCUUCUCAAAGUGGAAGGAUGAACAGGAACACCUGUGCAUUUUUUCAGAUUUGAAGCAAGAGUGGACCUCAUUUCUCUCCGGUCUCUUACUGAAGAAAGCUUUAAGUACUGUUUAUCUGAUGAGGACAGUUUUGGUGGUCUAAAAGGUCCCAUUUUCUCUAUAUCUGUUACAUUUUUUAAACUCUAAUUUUGCAAGUGGUUUACUUUGUAUAUAGACUUUAGACAUUUCUUUUGAAAAGUGAAUAACUUGCACUUAAUGGCUCUUUUAAUUGGAAACAUAAUAAAUGAAGGAUGGAUUUAACACAGUACUGUAUUUAACAUAACAAAAAAUAUCAAUAUGGCGAGUGGCUCCAGACUUUUGAACGGUAGUGUACACAAAAGGAAAUUAGCCUGCACAUGCUCUCUCACACACACAUACACAGUGGCAGCAGUAGGGAAAUGCUUACAGACAUUCUAUUAGCCAGGUUUAAGCUAUAGUGGGUUUGAAUGCAGGGAGUGUUUGGCCUCCUUUCAUGGCGAAACGAUUUCAUACUGCUGCACUCGUUUACUGGACAUCAGGCGCAAGUCCAGGGUUCCACUUCAUUUCACCUUUUGCUUCACAAACACAUGCACACACUUUAAUCCGCCUGACCGAUAGUGUUGUGACAGUGAUGCUUGCAUUGCGAUUUGUUUUGCAUGAGUAUAUAGCAAAGGGCAAUCUGUAUGUCUACCCAUUAAGGAUACUCAAACACAGACACACACACACAGACACACACAUACAAACGCACUGAUGCAAGCACACCUCCUGAAGUGAGACUUUUUGUUGUCAUUUAUGUGUGUGUGUAUGUGUGUGUGUGUGUGUGUGUGUGUGUGUGUGUGUAUGUGUGUGAGGAGUUGAGUUUAAUAGACCUUCCACUGUCCUCUUUUUUAGGCUUCCUGUGUCACCUCCACUAUGGGCUGAAUGUUGUUCUUUUAUGUACGCGUUUGUGACGGACAUGUACAGUCUCUUGUUUAAGACACAGUGUGAAUGAGUGAGAGUGAGAAGGGCUGAGUCUAAUGCGCAUGUGUGCACUUUACUGUUUUUGCUAUAGUGUGUGUGCGUGUGUGUGCGCGCGAGUGGCUGCUUUUGUUUAUUGUGUACUCUACACUGUGCUGGUACUCUGGCAUUAGCGGGUUUCUGCGACGUAUGUGGUUUUUUUUUAGUAUAUACACUCAUGUAGCCUUUUUUAUCGGCUGAACUGCAAUAAUGAUUCUAAAGAGCAUUUUUAAGACACGAGCGUGUGAAGGCCAAAACUGAUCUGUCCCCAGCAGCCAGGAGGUUUACACACACCGCUAAAAAGAGAUAUUGUAUGUUUCAUGUUUGUGCUGUUGUUUUUUUCUGUUUUUGUUUUAAUUUAAGACAGACUUUUAACACUCCUUUUCAGUGUUUCCUUUUUGGAGAUUUUACAGAGGACAAAAGAAGAGUUAUUUAAAUGAAAGAAAAAAAGAGAGUUCUAUAAUAAAGAUGAAGAGAUUGGCUUGGA